UGUCCACAUGUGGACUCGAGGACAACACUUGUCCUCUCGGCUGCGUGUCUCCCAGCCCGUGGGACAUCAGUCUGGGCCCGGCUUGAAGUCACCCUGACGCCCGCGGAGGAUCCUGGGAGUUUUCUGAAGAGUUGGAAACAGAAUGUUGGGCAGCAAGUCCGCGAGCUCCGGCUGCUCGGAGCGGGGGAGGGCGGUCCAGGAGGCGGCUGACCCGGUCCACAGGCUCGGGAUUCUGGACAACGAGGACGUCCGCACGAUGAUGCAGGGCUCGAGCAUGGUGAAGGUUCGCUCCUCGAGGUGGCAGAAGAGUCGAGGUCUGCGGCUGCUGGAGGACGGGCUCACCGUGUGGUGCGAGUCCACCAAGAGCUCCUGGAAAGCCAAAUCAAAGCAGACGUUCGCUGUCACGGAGGUGGAGUGCGUUCGUGAAGGCUGCCAGUCCGAGGCGCUGAGGCGGCUCUCCGGGUCCGUGCCAGAGAACCAGUGCUUCACGGUGGUCUUUAAGGGAGCCAGGAAGAGCCUGGACCUGCGGUGCUCCUGUCCGGACGAAGCCCAGCGCUGGGUGCGAGGCCUCCGCUUUCUGAAGGAGCGCGUGCAGAGCAUGACGCAGAAGGAAAAACUGGACCAUUGGAUCCGGGGCUACCUGAAGCGUGCGGAUGAGAACCAGGACGGGAACAUGACCUACGCCGAGGUCAAACAGCUGCUGCAGAUGAUCAACGUUGACCUGAGUGAGCACUACUCUCGCGCUUUGUUCAAGCGGUGCGACCGGUCGGGCGACGGGCGUCUGGAUCACGCAGAGAUCGAGGAGUUCUGCAGGGAGCUGCUGCGGCGGCCGGAGCUGGACGCCGUGUUCAGGCACUACUCCAGCAACGGGAGCCGGCUGUCCACUGCGGAGCUGCGGGACUUCCUGGGAGAUCAGGGAGAAGACGCCUCGCUGAAGCACGCUCAGAACCUCAUACUGGCCUACGAGCGCAACGAGUUCGCCCAGAAGAACCAGUUCAUGACGCAGAGCGGCUUCUCCAUGUACAUGCUGUCCUACGAGACGGACGUCUUCAACCCCGACCAGGCCAGAGUCCACCAGGACAUGAGCCGGCCCCUGGCCCACUACUUCAUCUCCUCGUCGCACAACACCUACCUCACCAAGGACCAGGUCACCAGCGCCAGCAGCACCGAGCCGUACAUCAGAGCUUUGAUUCAGGGCUGCCGCUGUGUGGAGCUGGACUGCUGGGACGGGGAUAAAGGCGAGCCCGUCAUCUACCACGGCCACACCCUUACCUCCAAGGUUCCUUUCAAAGAGGUUAUCGAAACCAUCUCGCAGUACGCCUUCAAGGCGUCCCCCUACCCUCUGAUCCUGUCCUUGGAGAAUCACUGUUCUGUGGAGCAGCAGGCGGUCAUGGCCAAACACCUCCGCACCAUCCUGGGCAGAAAACUGCUCACCAAAGCUCUCACCGACCUGCCGCUGAAGGAGCUGCCGUCUCCUGAAGAGCUCAAGUGGCGCAUUCUGGUGAAGGGGAAGAAGGAGACGCCUCACCUCGACCAGCUGAACAAGAACGGGAGCUUCGCCAGCUUCUCCUCCAGCACCGAAGAAGAACCGGCGAGCGGCAACAGGAGCACGCCCAAGACCGACCCCGCGAAGGUCUGCACUAAGCUCAGCCCCGAGCUGUCGGAGCUGGUCGUGUACUGCAGGAGCGUCGCCUUCCGAGGCUUUGAAAACGCGACCAAAACACCUUCGAGCGAACUGUCGUCCUUCUCCGAGAGCGAGGCGCUCAAACUCAUCAAAGACUCCGGGAAGCUUUUUGUGCGACACAACAGCAGGCAGCUGAGCCGGAUCUACCCCUCCGGCCAGCGCCUGCAAUCAUCCAACUAUGAUCCUCAGGAAAUGUGGAACUGCGGCUGCCAGAUGGUGGCGCUGAACUUCCAGACGCCCGGGGAGCAGAUGGACCUGAACCAGGGUCGCUUCCUCCCAAACGGUCGCUGCGGCUACGUCCUCAAGCCCGACUUCUUGUGCAGCCCCAAGUCUGACUUUGACCCUGAGAACACAGGCGGGGGUCCUGGUCACACCCCCACCCAGCUGAAUAUACGAAUAAUAUCCGCACAGCAGCUGCCGAAGAUCAACACAGAGAAAGCCAGCUCCAUCGUGGAUCCGCAAGUGUGGGUGGAAAUCCACGGGGUGGCGAUCGAUAACGCGAAGAAGAAAACCCACCGCAUCGACAACAACGGUUUCAACCCCCGGUGGGACUGCACCCUGAGCUUCCAGCUGCAGGUUCCUGAACUGACCCUGGUGCGCUUCGUCGUGGAGGACCACGACCACACCUCCAAAAACGACUUUGUGGGACAGUACACUCUGCCCUUCACCAGCCUGCGCACAGGUUAUCGACACGUUCACCUGCUGAAUGCAGACGGGUCCAGUCUGUCCCCAGCGACGCUCUUCGUCCACGUCAAAGUGACCCGAAGAGGAGUUCCUGUCAAGACGGUGAAGGAGCGCAUGGACAUCGCUAAAGGCAAAAUGUGAACCAUGAAAAAAUGAAUUUUUAAUAUCUGAAAGGCUUUAGAAGAAGCCGCUUUUAAUGCGAGGGGACUCCUGUCGCUGCCAGCCUUUGUCCCGGUCCAGUUGUCCAAUUUUAACUCGACCACUUCCUGAAAAGAGAAAGGCGAUUAACUUUUAGAAAAGUAAUGGAGUCAUCUCUCACUGUGAGGGUUAGUUGAUGAAGACUGAAGCUACAUGACCACAAGACACUAACAUUUACUUUGUAUAUGUUAACUCUUUAGAUUGAUCUUUUUUUAAAUGUUUUAACAGAAAAAAAAUGCAGAGUAGCAUUAACAGAACUGCACUGACCCAUAAGGUGUUUUAUGGAUGCUGUAGAGAACGUACCAAGCUGUGGUCAAAACAAUACUGUUGUUUUAGACAUUUCUUUUUUGUAUGCACUGUGAUGUGAAACAUUUGUGUUAAUGUUUCAUCAGUUUGUAUUUUUCAUAAGAAAAUGUCUUAGAGUUAAUUCAGUCUUACUUUAUACUUAAGACACUUUAGCACUUUUGUCUUCAAAGCAAAUGACUGCAGGUUACCUUAACUUUCAAAUAUCUUUAGUAUUUAGUAUUUGUCUUUGCCUCGGCGUCACUUCAAUCAUGUUCAAAUAAAGUAUUAGGUAAAAUUGUGAUUAGCUUUUCAUAUGAACUUUGUCUAAUGCACUGACAAUUUAAUUAUUUCUUCUGCUAGUAGCACUUCGCCUCCAGAAUACGUUACAGAUUGAUUGUCUAAACUAAAGGAAGGUGAUUUAAAUUAGAGUUUAUAUGCUUGAAGUGGUUUUCUGUAACAUGAUCAACAAAGUAUAACUUUUAAAAAAAUGCUGUUUUUAUAAAGAAUAAUUAAUACCACACUGCAA